CUACAGGAUCCGUUACGAGCAGUUUCCAUCAUUUCACCGGGGUUUAUUAAAACCAUUGGUCCAUAGCGAAAGCUUUACCCUAAUAGACAAAUACCCGUUAGUAUAUACGCCUUCGCUCGUGUCUAGCAGUGUAAGUUCGGUGUUACUGGGUUUUGAGGUGAAAUUAGAGGAAUAAUGUCGUCGGGAAGCCCUGAAUAUUCGCCGUUCUUCGCAGUGAUGGGCGCAUCAGCAGCGAUGGUCUUCAGCGCACUGGGCGCGGCGUAUGGCACGGCGAAGAGCGGCACCGGAAUCGCCGCCAUGUCUGUGAUGCGUCCGGAGCUGAUCAUGAAGUCCAUCAUUCCUGUGGUCAUGGCGGGAAUCAUAGCUAUAUACGGGCUGGUGGUGGCUGUGCUAAUCGCUAACAGCAUUUCAGACAAGAUCACUCUGUACAAGAGUUUUCUACAUCUGGGCGCAGGCCUGAGCGUGGGUCUAAGCGGGCUGGCAGCCGGUUUCGCCAUCGGGAUCGUAGGCGACGCAGGCGUCCGUGGCACCGCCCAGCAGCCUCGUCUCUUCGUAGGCAUGAUCCUCAUCCUGAUCUUCGCUGAAGUCCUGGGUCUCUACGGCCUCAUCGUAGCCCUAAUCCUCUCAACCAAAUAAACCUGCAGUCAGCAUGCGCCGCUGCCGGACCAUCAACAACAACAACAAAAAUAACGAAAUAUAAUAAUAAUAAUACCUUAAACUAAAGUUAAAAUUAGAUAAAUUGAGAAGUGGGGAAAAAAUCCUGCGCAUUAAUACAGGCUUUGCGUUUGGUGAUAUCUCUGAAAGUGUACAGUCGUCCCAGUUUGAUAGUUUUGAUUUCUUGUAAAUGCGGUAUAUAGUGAUUUUGUCCUGUGUCUGUGAAGAAAAAAAAUAUAUUAGCGCUGGGAUUAAUCGCCAUUAAUCGCAUCUAGGAUAAUUGGUUUGACAUAAUAUAUGUGUGUGUGUGUGUGUUAUAUAUAUUUAUAUGUAUAAGUGACACACACAAACAUACAUAAAGACAAUUUUGUUGCAUAGAUAUUUACAUUUACAUCAUCUAAAUACAUCCAAAAUAAACAAACAUUUUCUCUAAUAUAUCCGUGCAUGUGUGUGUGUUUAUAUAUGCAUAUUAAAUAUACACAGCGCACACGCUUAAAUGAUGUCACGUUUAUUUCGGAUGCGAUUAAUAAUCACGAUUCAUUUUUUGCCCAGCACUAAAAAUAUAUAAUAAUAAUAACGUGAUAGAUCUCAUUCUCUGUUUGUUCCCUCCCGCCUACGAGUCUGUUAGCCAAUCACGCGUUCCCGUCACGCUCGAGAGGAAACGCAUGAGCAGCGUCCUGUCUCUUCCUGUCACGUGAUUUUGGGAGUUUUUUAAAAAUACAUCUCCACAUUGGUGUCAAAGAAGUGUUUGUGUGAAAAGUGGAAAAACGCACUGAUGAAAUGCUGUCUGUGGAAUGGAGUUUGUCCAUUUUUGUUUUGUUUUCCACUGGUUUUAUUUAUUGAGAAUAAUAUUGUUCAUUGAAAAUGUACUUGAAGCUCCUCAGAUCCUUUGAAUUGUUAUUUAUAUAAACAUUAAUAUAUAUAUAUGCAGAAAUAUAUAUAAGAAUAGACCUGCACUGGCCGGGGUUGUGCAGUUGUUGGGGAGUGUUUCAGCUUGAUGUGUGUAUUUCUGGUUGUUUCCUGUGUAAAUCUGAUGUUUGGUUGUAUUAAAGGUGUGCGUGUGCCCCUCGGUGGGUCUCACAAGUGUCAUUUCCAUA